AUGACCUACGAUCUCCUCAUUCUCGGCGGCGGCAUCACCGGCCUGGCCGCUCUCUACGAAGCUCAUCGCGGCAGCGCGGACGGGCCUGCGCCGCGCUGCCUGCUGGUCGAAGCUGCCGAGAGGUUGGGCGGCAAGGUCGAGAGCGAAGCGCGCGACGGCUUCUUGCUCGAAGCCGGGGCCGACGCGGUAUUGGCGCACAAGCCGUGGGCAAUGGAUUUGAUCCGCGAGCUCGGGCUCGAGGAUCGCUUGCUGCCAAGCCGCGACGAACAGCGCCAGGUCUACCUGGUCCACCGCGGCGAGUUGGUAGCGUUGCCGGCCAGCUUGCGGCUGUUCGUCCCCACCGCGCCGCAGGAGCUUUUCGAGGCUGGCCUGCUGAGCGCCGCCGGAUUGGACCGGGUGCGGCAGGAGCGGGAUGUUCCAGUCCGAGCGAGCGAUGCCGACGAGAGCGUCGCCCAGUUCGUUCGCCGACGCUUCGGCAGCGAGCUACUGGAACGACUAGCGGAGCCGAUCCUGGCCCACAUCCACGUCGCCGAAAUCGAGCGCAUGAGCCUGCGCGCCACCUACCCGCACUUGGCGGCGAUGGAACAACGGCACGGCAGCCUGAGUGCCGCUUUCGAGCAAGCCCGGCCAAUGCCGGAACCUCUAUUCUGGAGCCUCCGCGGCGGCUUGGGCGAGCUGCUCGACGAGUUGCGACGACAGCUGCCCGAGAGCUGCUUCAAGCUCGGUACGGCAGCCACUCGGCUCACCCCCACCGCCAACGACUGGCGAGUGACUUUGGCGUCGGGCGAAGAACUGGCCGCACGAGAAGUCGUCCUGGCGCUGCCGGCGCCGGCCGCCGCCGGGUUGACGGCCGAGCACGACCCGCGGCUCGCCAGUCGGCUCGGCACCAUCCGUCACGUGCCGCUGGCCACCGCCUCGUUCGGCUAUCGCCGUAGCGAACUCGGCCGCGCGCUCGACGGCUUUGGUUUUUUCGUUCCGCGGGGCGAGCAACGACGAAUCUUGGCCUGCACCUGGAGCUCGACCAAGUUCGACCAUCGGGCGCCGCCGGAGAUGGCGUUGAUGCGGGUCUUUCUGGGCGGCGCCGCGGGCCAGCGCUAUUUAAAGCUCGACGACGACCGGCUGCUCGCCGAGCUGGCCGAUGAGCUGGCGCAGAUCAUGGAUUUCUCGGCCAGGCCGCUGCUGAGCCGCUUGUUCCGCUCGCCGGGUGGCUAUCCGCAAUAUGACAUCGGCCACCUCGAACGCCUCACUGAACUCAGAGAAGGGUUGCCGGUGGGGCUCCAUCUAGCGGGCGCCGCUUAUGACGGAGUUGGCCUGCCGGACUGCAUUCGUAGCGGUCGUGCCACCGCCCGUGCAGCGCUGGGCCGAGCGGCCGAGAACAUCGCCCGAUAG